AGCUUGUGUAGCUGGCUGUGGAAAACCCUAAGUUUUGGGGGGUAUUCUGAUUACUUUUUCUUUCAAAUCUUGAUAAACGUACGUACAUGUACAAUAUGGUUAUCGUAACUUGAAAGCAUAAUCUCUACUCAGGAUCGAUACAGUGAGUUCGAACUACGAAUUCAGACUGAUCCAAUUUUAAAGCCACGAAUUGGCUUUCGGAGGUACUGUAAGCCUCAUUUGGAUUCUUUCGUUUCCCGCUUUUUGUUUCUUUCUAGAUAUUCGUUCAUUUUCUCUUUUUGGUGCAAAACAAACUCGAGUUCUUUCAAGAGUCUGACGUAAACAAAGGCGUUUUUUCUGGCUUUUUAUUAUUUCAUAUAUAUAUAUCCUUGUUUUAAGAUAACAAUGUCAAACCAAGAUCAGCCACCACCUAAUGAUAAACCACAAUCCAAUGAAACACCGGACAAGAACAAUAACGAGAAAAAGAAAAGGACUCUUGGCUGGGACAGAAUACGAGAAACUGUCAGUGAUAAUAUUAUUGAUGGUGCAUUAUGUGAAUCACCAACCUCUUCAUCGCCGUCGUCCACACGUUCCACUUCUACGCCGAAGCCCGGAUUAACUGCUCCAGUAAAAAAGCAGACUUUAAACCCGUUUAUGCGUAACCAGCCAAUGUCGACUUUGGAUAUACCUAAUGGUGACGGUAGACCAACCCUUUCAGAUACAACGCUUGUGGCAGCAAAAGCUGCAGGACUCAGCAACUUUUCAAAAAACUUUCGUACACCAGGACAAAAGAACGGCGUUAUUUAUGCCACCUCAACAGCGGUCCAGCAAGAUAUUUUUCGGCUUGAGCGUGAUUUAGAUAAACUUUUGGUACAACUGAAUCCUCUGCCACCCAAUGCUAGUUUUUCUGAUCCCCACCCUUCUUUGACAGAGAAUAUGAUUAUGCCGCCGCCACCACCGCCACCAGCGCUUGAUAGAUAUACUAAUAACACUUUCAACUCCUCAGUUGGGAAACGAUCAGUAUUUCAUAAGCAACCUGUGGCUGAAAUGUUUCAUAGCACUAACACAUCAUCCAACGUUGAAAUUAAUGAACUUGUGCGUGAUGACGCUUCAAGAAUAUCUUCCAUCAUGUCUUCAAUUAUGGAGUUGAUUGUGAAGCACAAAUCGGCUACGAGAUUACCUUUGACAGCUGAGAUCUUGGCUCUUUUGGCUGUACCUUUUGAUAAAUUGCCGUUUAUAGAAUCUGACUGUUUGCAGGCUCUAGACAUAUUUGACUAUAUUAGAAAUAGAUUUACAACUUUGAGCAAAUCGGAACAUUUUGAACAAAUUUCUUUUUGCUGUCGUUUACUAGGUGCAGGCAGUCUGAAAACAAAGCAACGCACAUUGACCAUAUUAGAUGCACUUUUCCAACCGUGUGCGAAAACAACGGGCUAUGUACCUCAAACACCCGAAGCAUACCAUUCGCUUGUUUAUACCCUCACUAAUGCGUUGGCGCAGUUCAAUGUACAGAAAAACGAUGACAAAGAUGAUAAAGAUGAAAUAUUAAAUGGGCAUCAUGACCUGGAUACGAACGAACAAGUACGUUCUAGUAUUUUAACUAUUUUGGAUGAUUUGGCGAAUGGAUCAUUGAUUCCUGUGAUGGGACCUACGUGGAAAUCAUAUCAUUCUCGAUCAACCACCACGAUACCUAACGCCGUCGCACGAUUUUGCGUUGUAGAAGCACUUUUAAAAUCUCUAAUGAUGGGCAACUGUAACCAAACAAAUCCAUAUCAUGGCGUAGCAACCACGACAAAUCCGGCAGAAAGAGCUCGAGACCUCAUCAUCCUGCAAGAGCUUUUGCCGCGAUAUUGGAAGGAACCUGGUGUAGAUGAGAGACCUGCGUAUUUCAAAAUCAUAUUUUUGUUGACCGAAUUAGCCUGCGAAACCUUUUUAAUGUCGAGUGUGGAAGAUUUGAAAGUCAAGACAUCCGUUGCGUCAUUGUUAAUACCGUUGGUAGUUGACAAACUUUCACCUGCCAAACUCCAGUACUAUUUGGCCGAUAGAAAUACGGUUGAAAUACAAAAGAUGGUAGCUUUUAAUGUGAUUGUAAUGCUUCUUUCUUUGUUGUCAAUAUGUAGCUUUCAAGAGCAACCUCUUCAACAACCUGGUAGUACUUUUUCUUCGCCCAAACUCAGCCCGCAACCUUCUAUGCCUGAUUUUGCAAGCAUAGCCACGAGUAUCUCUACUACUGAUGUAUCUCACGAUUACCAAAGUAUUAGCAGCUUUAAUAUACAUAUCGCGAGCGAUGCUGCUAUGCGAAAACUGCUCUUGACUCUCAAGAGUUAUAUUGAAGAAUUUUGGAAUUCGGGGUACAAAGAUUUAAUAUUGGCAGGCACCGAAUCCAUGCAUCAAGAUACUUCGGGAGAAAGAUCUGCACGAUGUUUUCAAAACCUUAUUUUUCACAUAAAUCCUACUAUGGGAGAAGAGAUUGUCACGAAGACUUUACCAAGCUUAUUCAAGCGACUGAUGGAUACGUAUCCACCUGCCAUUCCCUCCAUCUGUCAAAUGUUGCACGAGAUUUCCAAGCGGUAUCGCUCAUCUUUUUUUAAGCCCGUUGUAUCCUGCGUUGCCUCAGAUGACGAAGACAAGGUAUCAAAUCUUCUAAACUUGAUCACGUGUUUGCGUCGAUACAUGUCUGGUGUACAGUUUUGGAUGCAGGAUGCUGAGAUGAUCAAUGUCCUAUUAUUAAGCGAUGUUGGUAAGUCCAAAAAGAACAAAGAGGGCACAUCAUCCAAUACCUCGUCCAAGCCUCAACUUAAAGUCGGUGAUAGCGAAUGGGGAAGCACCACGCUUGGCCAAUGUGCUAUUGCUACCGAAUUUAUGUGGGCCAUCAAAGAGAUGCGGGAAAAACAACGCGAUCCACAUCGAAACAUGGAAGAAGAUGAAAUUGCCAAAAAGUUCUUGAUUGAUUUAGAGCGAAGGUUGUCUGUGUUUUUAACAGCAAAAGAGAAAAUGGCGCUUGUGCCCAUGCCGUUACGUGUGAUUUUGUGCAACAUUUUUAUGGAUAUGCGAUUCUUUUGUAAUACUACACAUCGCCCCGGAUGGUUAACACGUGUGAUUGAUUGGGCUACGCAGCCAGUGGUGUCAACGCCUGAUCAUGUAUUUCACCACGUACUGCCGAUUAUCAACCCUGACGAGUCACCAACACCGAAUAAUCCACCUAGUCAAAGUAAAAUGGCCGUUUUGCACACGGGGCAUCUUGAAGAGGUUACAAUCAUGUUUGAGAGACUUAACGGUGUAUACUUAAAUGUAGUUGAUAUCCUACAAUAUGAAACAAAUGAUUCAAAUAGUUUUGGGGGAUUAAUGCCAAAGUCCGCACAAUCUGGUACUGAGGAUCGUUAUUCUGAAGUGCCUCGUCACAAACGACAACAACUUAUUUAUCGCAUGUAUCCAAUCAGCCGAUCUGCCGCAUUAUCAUUGGAUUUAAAUCCACCUGUUUCGACAGAUGACGGGUCUGGUAUUGUGGAUGCUCCUGCAUCGAAACUGGCAAAAUAUCGUUUCGAAAAUAUGGAGAAGAUUAAUCAAGAUCCAUUUGGUUCUGUAUUCUCUUUGCUGGCAGCAGUCUUUACAACUUUGUCGUCGCUUGAGUUUGGUAAACUGGUUCGACCUCUCUGGGAACGUCAUGUAGAUGAUCGAAAGUCUCAGUCUUUUAUACCCGCAGUGUUUUUACUGAUGGAAUGUGGUGAAAAAAUUCCUAAAGUAAUGAUUGAAGUGUGUACCCAUGAUUUUUACAGCGGUGAUCCUUUGCGUCGUUUGGCUGUAAUCCAAAAGCAUUCUUCACUCAGUGCUUUUAGAUUUAACGUGCUUGGUCAAGAAUAUAUCCCCAUCUCCUCGCGUCGAAGACCUUUCCGUGGUGACGGUGGUGCCUUUUCAACGCCUUUUGUUCCUACAGACCUUGGUAGUAACCAAUUCACGCUGGACGAGCCACGAUGGAUGUCUAAGCUUAAAAAUGCCAGUAACUUCCCGAUCGAACUCAAACGUCAAAUCCAAGAACUUGGUUGGGACGACGAAGAUAAUGGUGAUGAACAUGAGGCAUUAAAGAAGGUAUUGACUCCAUUAGCCCUACUCCCAUCAUUAUUUUUGGAAGAAGAGGAUGAGCGCAUGAACGAGGAUGAAACGGCAGGUGCACCACGUCCAAAUGCAAUCAGUAUCAGUAAAAUUAUUAUCAGGAGAAAACGCGCUACAACGAUUCAUUCACUGACAAUCGCUUUUCUAAGUAUGGUGGAUCUGCUAAAUGAUGAUUAUGGAGGCGCCUCCAACGCUUUGCGAGAACUGUUAGAAUACUUUUUACGAGAUGACCCAUCCUUGUUUUUGCGUGCGUUUAUCAGUGAUCUGGGAAAAUUCAAGUUAGACCGUCAUAAAGAUAUGCUGACUCGGUUGCGUUACUUGGUUAGCAUGCAGCACAAGCUACCACCUGGUUUUACUCAUAUCUUGUUUAAUUACUUAGCGGGUAUGUUGAAAUGGUUGAUGCGCGAAAAUAAGAGGGACGGCCUUGUCUUGAUGACCAUCAUCCAUCCCAUCUUGGCAGAACUAACACUAUCUACCAAUGACCUUACCAUUCGAGAUUUGAGAAAAAACAAGAUUGAACACUUGUUGGUAAGUACAGGCCGAUUUUGGUUCACACAUGAGCAACCGGCCGACAUGUUUCCUCGAUAUCUUUCCAAUGAUAAAACUACCUUUACUAUAUUGGACAUUCCGCCGGAGAUAUUCUCAGUUGCGAUGCUUCGUAUUAGUCAUAUUCAGUUCCUGACAAAUUAUUUGGUGCGAUAUCCUCGGGAGGUGUACGCUGUGAAAAAGACUUUGCAGGAUUACGAACCAAUGCCAAUUCCGGGUGCUAAAUCUGAAUCGAGAUGGACCAUGGAAGAUACGUACUUUCCCGAUGUAAGCCGUCGAAAGUUACACUCUGACACUAAAAGCCAUAGUCACAGUGAGCAUAUUGUUGAGGAGGUAUCUCGACAACCCAGUCAGCAACAACAGGAUACAGAGAUACUUUCUGCUCUUCGUGCGCGUAUCUGGCUUCGUUUCAUUGAUAACUUGCUAAACGGUCUCAACAAAAACUACAACGAUCGAGAAGAACUGGAACGUAUUUUACAAGGUAUUAAUGCCAUUAUUACGGAACACGAUCGUGAUUUUGGUAUCAUUGGUCAAACCUUGAUUUUAUACACGCGUGUAGUGACACGAUUCAAGCGUUUAUUCAUCUCAAAUCGUGGCUAUACGACAUUCUUACCUGCGUUGUUCAAGGUCUUUUGUGAAGUAGAUUGCUUUCCUGAAGUAAGAUCUGCUAUUAUCUUUGCUUGGUGUCGGUUCUAUGCAGUGCAUGAAGAAUCUUUUGUGUUUCAAAUGCUGGGUACAUUGGUUCCUUCAAUUUUAACAGCGUAUACCAAGUCCCUUGAUCUUGGCUCGUGGAUGAUUGACAACCUUUUUACGUUAAUGCAAGCCAUGAACGAUCCACCCCAUUUAGGUGCUACCUCCGACGUACUUGGUCUACAAUUGCAGGUGGAAUUAGAUGAUCAUGAGCGUAGUAUUCAAGAACGUAUUGAUGCAGCCAGUAAUCCUAUGGCUAUGCCACUAUCCACAGCUAUUCUGAAACCUCUCUCUCGAAGUGUUACAGCGCCUAUCACUCCCUUGGAAAUCAAUAACUAUAAUAAUAGAUCGUUUGAAUUAUCGAACUUCAUCAAGUUAUUUUUGACCAUUAUUGCCUACGAUCCUGGAUCUUUACGUGCCGAACAAUUUGUAAAAAUAUUCCGUCACAUGAUUCCUAAAUUUAACGAAAUACCUGCGUUGAAAGAUUUAAUUGAUGAAGGCAUGGCCGCUCUAGUUGAUGUGUUUGCGAAAUUUAGUAAAAAUGCAAAGCCUACGGUGACCUCCGUUAAUACAUCAGCCAACGGUUAUCAUGGUGUGUCAGUCGAUGAUAUAAGAAUGUCUGGUAUCGGUGGAGCGGGUAGUGGAGCACGUACUGAAUCUGCACAACACGCAUAUGGUAAGCAAUGGCAACAAAAUGAUCGAUUGACUGUCAAGAAAGAGUUUGUGAUAUUGGUCCAUGAAUAUUUAAAGCACGAGGGUGUAUUGUCUGAAUUCGCUCAUGAGAAGAUGGCACAUAUUAUCAAGAUUGUGAUGCAGAAUUAUAGUUUGAUUAAAGGAUAUGUAUGUCCUACCGAUUGGAUCAAGCAUUACCUUAUUGAUAGUUUACAUUCCAUGGCUGAAGCAAGAAAUGCCUCAAAGUCGUUUAGAAAGAUCCUCAACCUGAUUUUCACGCAAUAUCGCGUGCAGUGGAAGACGAUGGAUGCGUCAGAUUUGUACGACGGUUUAGCUAUUGUUUUGGAACAGGGACAAGGUAAUCCAGUAACUAUGCAUGAAAUUUCUGGGGUUCUGAACGAGAAGUUUGUUUCUUUUGGAAUGACAACCGCGACAUUACAUAACUGGGAAGGGGAUACUAAAGGUCAUACCAAGUUUUGUACCGCAUUAGUUCGUUUAAUUAUUGCAAUUAUGGAGAACUCCACACAAGAUGUGUUGGGAAACAUUGAACAACAGCCACCUACUUCUGGAUUGAUUGGUAACAUCAUUAUACCAAUCUGUUUCCAAUACAAUUUACAAUGGGAUUAUAGUAAUAUGCCCAUGUCUGGUAAAUUUAGGCCGGAUCCGACGAGUAAUUGGACACGUUUAUUGAACUAUAUAUCGCGUGCUUGCAGUCAAGCCUCUUUGCUCAAAAGUAAAUCUUCCGGUUUUUCGUUGGCGCAGCUAGCAGCUGGUAUGGGACAGUCGACCUUGGACGAUAUUGAUGCGACAGAAUUCCCAGAUAUUAAGGAUAGCAAGCAAACACCACAAUCAGUGGCAUUAUUGUUUUCCCUGAGUUUUGUUGCCAUGAAGAUCAUUCUAGUUAGAGGAUCUACUUCAUUUCACAAGCUCAGAGGUUCUUGGGUCCAAAUUGCAUACUUUAUCAAAACAGCACUUGUUUUUGGACAGACCCUGAAGUUCUUAAAACCCAAGUCGGGACGCUCUACGCCAAUUAAUGUCACGUCUCCUGCUAUGGGAAGUGGGUCAGGAGGAGGAGGAUUAUCGCCUGGAGUACUUUCACCUGGUAUUGGUGCUUGGACCAACUCCAACGAAGGCCGUACCGGGUUUUCGUUUAGCGCACCACUCAGUACGGGCACCAUCUAUGACUUUACAACAUGGCGAUUUUUAGAAUUUGUUUCUUGUUACAAGAGUCCGUUACUAUUGUUUUUAAAAGAUUUUAUUCAGGAAAAAUUGAUCGAUAUGGGAGGUUCACAUGGUCAUAACCGCUCUUCAUUAUAUUCGCCUCUGGCAAGUCCUGGUCCCGGUAUGAAUUUUGGAGGACCACCUUCGCCUUAUAAGGAGACUGGAUCGACGCGAUGGAAGAGCUGGGGAGGCGGAUCUCCACCUACUUUACAUCAUCACCCAAGCCACCAUAGUAAUAUUCCUCAAGUCAAUGUGCAAGACACUGAUUCUCUAUCUACAAAACCUACUAGCUCAUCGCCACCAAACGGGUUAGGUUUACAUAUUCCGGGACAACCUAUUUUCAAUAGUACGAAUCCAUCCGCUAGAUUACCUUCUAAUUACAGCAGCACAUCAAUCCGGGUGCCACCUAGUCCUAGCUCACCUUCGUUAUCAUAUAACCUCGCUUCUGAAUUAUCCGAUGCCGAUAGUGGAGUUAACAAUCCCAGCUUAAAUUCACCAAAAUUAUCUUCAUCGAUUAAACAAAAGAAAGAUUUGAGUCGCCCUUCCUCAUCAAUUUAUGUGGGACCACAAGGAUUAUUUAACUCGGGUAUUCGAGAAGCAUCAUCGACGGUAUUGCAUGUACUGCAUGCGGAAUCAAUUACUUCGAUCGUGCAAGUCCAGCUUUGUAUGGGAUUUAAACCUGCGUUACCUUGGAUGGCCUCGAAAUCUCGUCACCAAUUGAAGCCUUGGCAUAGUCGAGAAGCGAUUUCGAAAAUCUCGGGUGAAUGGCAAUUGUUGCUUCAGUUGUAUGCGGAAUUCGAUGUCAAUAAGGUGCAAUCGCCUAAUAAUAACCAUUCGAAUAGUCAGAUCCCCACUACACCACUCUUAUAAUAAAUUUAUUGUCAUUUCUACUAUCUAUAAAA